AUGGAUGAGGAAGAAAACGAGAAGAAACUUUUUGAAAGACUAUGUGCGGACGUGUCAGGACUACGGAUUCGCAUGGACACGCAAGAGAGUGGGGUGCCGCAGAGAGCAAUACACACAAAGUACGCCAUGCUUCAGGAGACGAAGGGACUCUCCGGAACUGGUGAGCAAGAAUUGAAAGACGAGAAGAGAUGGGUCCAGAGAAAAGAAAAUCGGGAGUAA